AUGACUGUUUAUGACGCUGGUCAACAACAAAGAAUGGACGACUUUACAGAGAAGGUCAAUAAUAUCAUGGACCUGGUCCUUGAACUUUCACUUAUCCACAAUUGUCGAAUAUACUUCCUUGUUGAUUAUGACAAAGGGAUUCUCACAUUCAAUUCCGUGGAGGAUCGCUCGUGGCCACCACCUGAUCGGACACUGGGGUGUCUUAAUCGACCUAUAAGAAGGGUUUACAGCUCCCAGGAGAUUUUGAGGCGUAUAACUGAGGAGGAGCGGAAAGAGCUCAUUCAAUUAUUGGUUUAUAUUUCCGAGGUUACCAAAGGCCCUCCUGCAAUGGAAGCUAGCCAGAUACAGAGUGAGGAAGAACGUGGGCAGAACUUAGACCCCAAGGCUCUUCUAGGGUCUAGGGCGGAUAGUGAAGAUUACGAAUUGGAUAUAGAGGGAGGAAAGAAUUUGACGGAAAUAGAAGGAGAUGAGAAUGAACAGGGCAGCGGGAGGGGAGACGACGAGAUAGAUGAGGGCGAAGAGGCAGACAGAUAUAAGGCAUUCAUGUGGGAUGGAGAUACUACUUAUCCACAUAUAAGCGGAACGAAUGUGCAAUAA